CUCUUCUUCUCUGCCAUCUCUCCCUCCCCAACUCCAAUCAUCUCUCUCUCUCUCUCUCUCUCUCUCUCUCUCUCUCUCACUCUGUGUCGUCAAUCUCUUCAUUGUUCUGAGUGAUGGGUGUGAGCUGCCGCCGCUGUUCCUCCACCUCCCACAUCACUGCCAUCAUCAUCACCAGCUUCUUCCGCCAUAAGUCUUAAUCUCCACCGCUCACAGCUCCCGAAACCUCAUCCCUCCCACUCCGUCCAUAGAUUCUCAGCUGCCAGCUCCCGGGGAAGAUCUGAGGAAGAAUAUGCUUCGACCCACCAUGCCCGGCGGCCUCCUUCAGACCCACUCGGCGGUCCCUCUCUCUUCUGACUCCUUCUUUUCUGGGUCCUCUUCUUUUCUCGGUCCGAGAUCCAUGCUCAGCUUUGAAGAUGCCAAAGGCGGGAAUGGAUCAAAAAGACCAUUCUUCCGGUCCUUCGAUUACGAAGAGAUCGCCGACGAGGACUUGGAGGAGUACUUCCAGCAGCCUGAAAAGAAGCGGCGACUGACGGCCGAUCAGGUCCGGUUCCUCGAGAGGAGCUUCGAGGAGGAGAACAAACUCGAGCCUGAGAGGAAAGUCCAGCUCGCCGAGGAUCUGGGCCUUCAGCCCAGGCAGGUCGUGAUCUGGUUCCAGAACCGCCGAGCAAGGUGGAAGACGAAGCAGCUUGAGAAGGACUUCGAGGUCCUGCAAUCGAGUUAUAAAAGCCUGGCCGCCGAAUAUGAGACUCUCCUCGAGGAGAAGGGUAAACUGAGAGCCGAGGUUCAUUCCCUCAAGGAGAAGCUCGAGGUGAAAGAUGGAGAGACCGAAAGUUCCGAACUUUCUGCCAAAUUAUCUCAGGAACCACCACAAAAUCCCGGCAUGGAUUCAGCUUCUGAUGGUGAAGUGUCCAAAACUCCGACAUUGAGCUCGAAACAGGAAGACAUUUGUUCGGCAAAGAGCGAUAUAUUCGAUUCAGAAAGUCCACAUUAUGCCGAUGGUUCCUACUCUUCGCUUCUGGAUCCCAGUGAUUCUUCCUACGCUUUCGAGCCAGACCAAUCAGAUCUCUCCCAAGACGAAGACGAUAAGCUUAGCAAGAACUCCCUAGUGACAGCAAACAUUUUCCCAAAGCUCGAAGAUUCGAACUCGUGUAAUUUCGGGUUCUCAGGUCUUGAUCAUGCCUUCUGGUCCUGGUCUUAUUAGAUCAUUUGCCAAUUGCCAUGUUGGUUUUCAUAUUCUCGUGUCGUGUUCCGUUCUGAGCGUGGGCAUGGGCGUGUAAACAGCAAUAAGUUCAAUUAAUGGCGGAUUUCCUUUUGUUGUUCAGGCUCGAAAUAUCGGUAGUCUUUGCCUCAUUUGUAGAUCCAGGUCUAUGAGUGCAAUUUAGUUUUGUUCAGGGACUGUUUGGGGAGUGUAAAUUAAUAAAUAUGCAUCUAGAAGAAGGCAUGUCAAUCUCGUGAAAUUCUGUAUCCAAUGCCUUUUAUUG